AUGGUCGGUGUGCCCGGUAGAUCCAAGGCAUGCGUUACCUGUCGGAGGCGCAAGAAAGGUUGCGAUAAGAAAGUGCCCUUUUGCGGUCAGUGUCUCGCCCUAGGUAUCCCAUGCGAAGGAUAUGAGCGUCAGCAAAUAUGGCUCAUCAGCCAAGGAUCCACGCAAAAGUCAUACACUAAAUCUCCUUCACCAACUCCAUCCUCAUCUCCACCAAGCUCAAGCUCAAGUCCAGGUUCUGUAGUGACCCUCCACGACUCUCUCACAAGGACCGCCAGAGCUCAAAAGUUCACUGGCCUGUUCUGGUCGGAUUAUCUGUCUGGUGGAAGUGGUUACUCUCUGAAAGCCUCAGGUAUAACAAGCACCAAGUGGAUGAAGCUCUACGAGGCUCUAAGUGAUGUUGAGGCCAGUCUUCAAUAUGUCGCCAUGGCUCUUAGUACAGCAACGCUUGGCGCCACCAACAACGAUAUCCAGCUUGUGGGCAAGAGUCAGCAGGCUUAUGGAUUAGCAAUGCAGCAAAUGGCAGUCUCAUUCAUAUCCCCAUCACGAAAUAAGGAUGGCAUUCUCGCUGCUAUUCAGCUCAUGCGAGUAUACGAGCAAUUAUUCGGCAGCGGCAUUUCUGCAGCUCAAAAGAACUCGCCUGUAUCGCAGAUCAAGGGCUUUAGAAAGCAUAUUGAUGGUGAAACUGCUCUGAUUCUGAGUCGCGGGCCCAAUGAUUCCUGGUCAGACAUGGGAAAACAGCUUCUUGCAGAUGGUCGUCUAACUCUGGGAACCCUUGCCGGUACCCAAGAACGAUGA